CGUAUUGUAGCGAGUCAUAUAGAUCUCCAAUAGUCGUCACGUCAACAUGGCGCGUCUUGAGACCGUGCAAAUUUUAGCUGUCAUGGUGAUUAUCGUACAAUAUUUGACACAUUUGGUCGAUUGUGACGAAAAAAGAAUUAUAAUUUUCAUGCCCCGGCGGGUCAAGACAGUACAUCAUCACCAUCACCACGUGGUGAUAAUGGAUCCAAAAACGAAAACUAUGACGCACGCAAAACCAUACUCAGGUAGAUUAUCGUCAUCAUCUAUCUCAUCUUCGUCGGCCGAGGUAGACUAUCAGCAGCAACGAGAUCACCAUCGUCAUUAUCAACGCCAACGACAACAGCAGGAACAUGAGCAACAGCAGCAAUCCGAAGCAGAAGAAAGUCAUCCAGCUCUGUCGUACUUUGAACAACGGACAGCCGUUAGACCUAACAAUCCAAACACGGUAUAUCCGGUCUCGCGACUGCAUCCGUUGCAGACGUACUCCGCUUUGCCGGCCAGACAAAAGAGAUCCAAAGUCAUGACUAGAGUGGUGUAUACCCAUUGAAACCACUGUCGUUAUUUUUUAAACUUUAUUUAUUUUCCACUCCUGAUAACCGUUUCAUUUACUGCAAAGCAUGUGUUUUAUUUCAAAUUUUGACGACUGUACUCUAUAAUAUAAUAUUACUUUGACGUACAUAAAUACAGUUAAGAUGAGGUUGCUGUUUGCAUCAAAUCAUGCGUGUAUUAAUAAAUUUAAAAUAAACAAUUUCGUACUUGUUAAUGAUAUUUAUUUUUAAAUAAUCUCUCUGAAAAACUCUAAAAUGUCUUUACAACAUUAUUUUUUUAAUACACAGCAAUCAAUCCACUGACUAUUUACUCGACGUGCAUUUAGUACAAAAACCGAUUUCUAGUUAUAUUUGCAGUAGACUGAGUUAUUCAAUAGCAACGUUUUUAAUUAUUC